UCAGUGUGAAAAAAGAGUUGGUGGUGAAAAUAAAAACAUUGUCGUCGCAGUUUUCGGCCAUCGGUCGGUCCGGGUUUGUCACCACAUCUUUUUUUUUUCUGCCAAAUUUGGAUCCACCAUGAACCGUCGUACCAAGUAGUUCAGCCAGGGGCGGUUCAUGUUUCUCUGCCGGAAGUUUAACGAAAUCGACAGAAUGCUGGGACGACUCUCGGAAGUGCUGCAGACGGCAGCCGAUGUGCUCGCGCCGCCACCCACUGCCCUGCAGGACUUUGACUACCACUACAAGCUGGUGAAGAACUUUUACGUCGCGGACAAGACCCUGCCAAAGAUCCACAUCAACGAUACCAACAUUCCGGUCCAUCUGGAGCAGAUGCUUCAGAUACUGAUUCGCGAGGAGCAGCAGCAGCAAGAGCAUGCUAAAAGCGUAAACCCAGAAGACGUCCCGGAUGGAACUCCUAGUGAUCCACAAGUGUCCAGCGCGAAAGCGGAAUGCAUGGACUUCGUGCUGAACAACCGCCCGCUGGACGUUCUCGUGGAGCUCGCCGCGAACGACGCCCCACCGGGCGCUCGCCUCGUCAUCCUGAACUGGAUCCGCCGGCUGCUGUCCUGCAUGAAGAGCCCGCCCCUCGGGCACGCCAGCCUCUUCCAGCCGGUCCAGAAGCUGGUCGAGCUGUGCAACGGAACGCUGGCGUCGCCGUACGAAAAGGAGGAGAUCCUGUUCCUGGAAACCGUGGCCGGACUCGUCCGCAAGGACUCCAUUCUGGUCAACCUGUUUCUCAAGUCUCAUCACCAUUCCGCACAAAUGUUGGCCAGCUGGAAGGGGGUGGCCGUUACGAAGCCACCGGUCAACAACCCGCUGUUUCAGAGCACAAAGAUCGAGUACGAUUCGCGGCGGGUUUCGCUGAUCAAGGAGGAGCCGAGCUGCGAGGGUGGAGCUGGAAGUUCGGUGGCCGUUCCGGAUCUGAACGAGGGCCCGGCUGAGCUCAAGUGUGACUGUGAUGACGAAGAGCACUUUAUUCUAUUUGAUGCCAUUGUGAGCUAUCUGGAUAGUGCAGACAGUACAAUAAUCGUUCGGGCUUGCGAGGGAAUCCUGAUUCUAGCUUCGCUACCAACGCUGAAUAAAUCGUGCAACGCCAUCCGAAAUAGCUUGAGUCGCUUCUGCGGGAUGAUUGCGGACCGGUUGGCGACGCACUGCCAGCAGAUUCCGGAAGAUAUGGACACCGGAGACAUUGAGGAUGCCAACGUUUCGUGGGGACUGAUUCCGAGGGACAGCGAACAGCCGCACUUUAUUGGAAGGUAUCAGCUGACUAGCUUUCUCUGCUGGUUGGACUACUGUGACUGUCUGAUGAAGGAGAGUCCGGUGAUUGCGGAGGAAUUAGGCGAGCUGAUCCGGAAUCAGCUGCUCGUCAGCUACAUCGAGGCUGGUCUGCUGGGAAGCUACGCUCCGUUCAUGCUGGUUCUGACGGCGAAGAUCAUCAAGAAGACCCAGUCGAAAACACUGCUGGACGAAAUCGCUAACUGGCUAAUCGGUGAGGGAGACAUUUCGAGCAUUAACGGAGCCGACUGUCUGCUAACUAUACUGAUUGAGAACGCGCACGAAAAUUCGGACCUUCUGCUGCAAACGUUGCAAUUUGUUGAAUCUUUGCUGGAUAACCCACACGAGAAGAUUCUGCACGGUAUGCUCUUCUUGUACAUCAACAACCGGGGGUAUUACGACCUGGGCGCUACUCGGAACAUGCAGUCCUGGUCGGACGAAGAGGACAACCGCGAGCGGCGGAGAGGCAGUGCCGAUGGACCGAUCAAGUCCCGGACGUUGGCACCGCACAACAUCCUGAAGGUGAUCAACAACUUCCUCCUUCUCCUCCCGCGCCACAUCAUGAACGACUCCGCCGGAAUCUGCUACGAGGAGUACAUGCAAGACGCUAGUCGGCACUACCAGACGUGGAUCCAAAGAACCGAAGGUUUCAACUGGCCCGUGGAAGCCGUAUGGCCCGAAAGCCCCCUAAACUCACCCGACUCCGAGGAAGUCCCCCUGGCGAAGCCCAAACCCCGCCCAACCAAAACCGACCUGAACGAGGUCCGCUGCGGCGACAGUGGCAUCUCCGAGGAGAGCUUCUACGAGGGCCCUCUCCUAAAACUACUCUUCUCGCACGUCAAACAGAUGAGCUGUCAACCGUACGAGCUGAACCUGGCCGUAAUCGCGAUCCUCUCCAAACUAGCCCUCUUCCCCCAUCCCUACCUGCACGAGAUCCUUCUAAGUCCGGAAGUCCCCGUUGCCCCAGGAGCCACCACCCUCUGGUCCGUGAUGCACUUCCUGGCGCGGCAACUCCUCACGGAAAUCCCGCGCGUCGAAAACUUCCAGGAGAAGAUCGCCGAAACGGGCAAACGGCUGCUGGCGAACCCGCCCCUGUACCACAAGGACUGCUGCGAGCACACCUCGUCCGAGGAACCUUCCCCGGAGGAAGAGGAGGACGAAAUUAACGACCCGCUGUUCGAGUCGAUCGUGGUUUUAGAGGAGUUUUGCAAGGAACUGGCGGCGAUCGCGUUCGUCAAGUAUCACCACGCGACGGAGUGAUUUUAAAAGAAGGUGGAAUUGUGAAUAUGGGUAGAAUGUUUUAUGCUAGACGAAUGGAACCUUUUUAUUAGUUUGCAAAAUUUGAUCGUGCAACAAGAGCGACCCCUGCGAUCUUUGCCUCCGAAUUAUGGACUAAGUUUUACCGCAAUAUAGUUUAAUCAGCUCCUUUACUAAGAAAUAUGCAUUCGUACUUUAGCGUAAAUUUAAACUGGUUCGUUCAUUGUAAUGAAAGUGAUAUCAAUAUAAGCAUAUUCUAGUCCCAAAUUA